CUCAGUAACAGGGAGAAGUUAAGAGAUGGAGGACGUAGUGAUUGCUGGCAUAGCAGGAAAGCUGCCAGAAUCAGAGAACUUGCAGGAAUUUUGGGAAAACCUGCUUAAUGGAGUUGAUAUGGUCACAGAGGAUGAUCGGAGGUGGAAGCCAGGAAUUUAUGGACUGCCCAAGAGAAAUGGAAAGCUCAAGGACAUAAGCAAAUUUGAUGCAUCUUUUUUUGGGGUUCACCCCAAACAAGCUCAUACGAUGGAUCCUCAACUUCGCUUGCUGUUGGAAGUUUCUUAUGAAGCUAUUUUGGACGGAGGUAUCAAUCCAGCCACCCUCCGUGGCACAGACACAGGUGUAUGGAUUGGUGCCAGUGGGUCAGAAGCUGCUGAAGCCCUUAGCCAAGAUCCAGAAGAGCUUUUGGGAUACAGCAUGACUGGCUGCCAGCGUGCUAUGUUUGCCAACAGGAUUUCCUACUUUUAUGACUUAACAGGACCAAGCAUAACUAUUGAUACGGCCUGCUCCUCUAGUCUCAUCGCUCUGGAAAACGCUUAUAAGGCAAUUCGUCAUGGACAGUGCAGUGCAGCCCUAGUAGGAGGGGUCAACCUUUUGCUAAAACCCAACACCUCUGUGCAGUUCAUGAAGCUGGGUAUGCUUAGUCCUGAUGGUGCCUGCAAGGCUUUUGAUGCUUCAGGAAAUGGAUAUUGUCGCUCUGAAGCAGUUGUUGUUGUUCUUUUGACCAAGAGAUCUAUGGCUAAGCGGAUCUAUGCCACCAUAGUCAACGCUGGAAGUAACACUGAUGGCUUUAAGGAGCAAGGUGUGACAUUCCCAUCUGGAGAGAUGCAGCAGCAGCUGGUCAGCUCUUUGUACAGUGAAAGCAGUAUCAAACCUGGAGAAGUGGAGUAUGUUGAAGCUCAUGGGACAGGCACCAAGGUUGGAGAUCCACAGGAAGUAAAUGGCAUUGUAAAUGUCUUCUGUCAAUGUGAGAGAGAGCCACUAUUGAUUGGAUCAACCAAGUCAAACAUGGGUCACCCAGAGCCUGCCUCUGGGCUUGCCGCAUUAGCCAAGGUCAUUCUCUCUCUCGAACAUGGGCUGUGGGCUCCAAAUCUUCAUUUCAAUACCCCAAAUCCAGAUAUUCCUGCCUUACAAGAUGGCUCUCUGGAGGUAGUUUGUAAACCAACGCCAGUGAAAGGUGGCCUUGUCAGUAUCAACUCUUUUGGCUUUGGAGGUGCUAAUGCUCAUGUCAUUCUAAGGCCAAAUAAGAACAGAUGCCAGCCUCUGGAGACUUGUAACACGCCAAGACUGGUUCAACUUUGUGGCAGAACCCAGGAAGCUGUGGAAAUACUAAUUCAAGAGAGCAGAAAACAUGGAGGAUGCAGCCCAUUUGUAACCCUGCUCAGUGAUAUCUCUGCAGUUCCUGUGUCCUCCAUGCCCUACAGGGGCUACACACUGGUUGGCACUGAGAACGACAUCAAAGAGGUUCAGCAAGUUCAAGCGUCUGGCAGACCGCUCUGGUACAUCUGCUCAGGCAUGGGAACACAGUGGAAAGGUAUGGGCCUGAGCCUCAUGAAGUUGGAUUUGUUUCGUCAGUCUAUAUUGCGCUCAGAUGAGGCUUUGAAGAGCACAGGCCUAAAGGUCUCGGACCUGCUUCUGCAAGCAGAUGAGAACACUUUUGAUGACACUGUCCAUGCAUUUGUUGGACUAGCUGCUAUUCAAAUUGCCCAGAUCGAUAUGCUGAAAGCUGCAGGUCUGCAACCUGAUGGGAUUUUGGGCCACUCAGUGGGAGAACUAGCUUGUGGCUAUGCAGACAACUCCUUAAGUCACGAAGAAGCUGUUCUUGCUGCUUACUGGCGGGGGCGAUGUGUUAAAGAGGCCAAAUUGCCCCCAGGAGGAAUGGCUGCUGUUGGUCUGACGUGGGAGGAGUGUAAGCAACGCUGUCCUCCAAAGGUGGUCCCAGCCUGUCACAACUCUGAAGACACUGUCACUGUUUCAGGGCCUCUGGACUCUGUGAAUGAGUUUGUAGCCGAACUGAAGAAGGAUGGUGUGUUUGCAAAGGAAGUGCGCAGUGCUGGCGUUGCAUUUCAUUCCUAUUACAUGGCCUCUAUUGCACCAGUGCUGCUCAGUGCCCUGAAAAAGGUCAUUCCGCGCCCUAAGCCUCGUUCAGCACGAUGGAUCAGUACAUCUAUCCCUGAAUCUCAGUGGCAAAGUGAUCUGGCGAGGAAUUCCUCUGCCGAGUAUCAUGUGAACAACCUGGUGAAUCCAGUGCUCUUCCACGAAGGUCUGAAACAUGUUCCAGAGAACGCUGUUGUGGUAGAGAUUGCUCCACAUGCUCUUUUACAGGCUAUCUUGAGGAGAACUUUGAAACCAACUUGCACCAUUCUACCUUUGAUGAAGAAAGAGCACAAAAAUAAUUUGGAGUUCUUCCUAACACAGAUCGGAAAGAUUCAUUUAACUGGGAUAAAUGUUCUUGGAAAUAACUUGUUCCCACUUGUGGAAUACCCUGUCCCAGUGGGAACACCCCUUAUUUCUCCAUGCAUCAAAUGGGACCAUAGCCAGGACUGGGAUGUUCCAAAAGCUGAAGACUUUCCAGCAGGUUCCAAAGGCUCUGCAUCUGCUUCGGUCUACAAUAUUGAUGUGAGUCCUGACUCUCCAGACCACUACUUGGUUGGUCACUGCAUUGAUGGCAGAGUCCUGUACCCAGCAACUGGGUACCUGGUACUGGCUUGGCGAACUCUGUCACGGUCUCUUGGCAUGGCUAUGGAGCAAAUGGCUGUUACAUUUGAAGAAGUCACAAUUCAUCAGGCAACUAUCCUUCCCAAAAAGGGAUCAGUACAGCUGGAAGUAAGACUCAUGUCUGCUUCCAACUGCUUUGAGGUGUCAGGGAAUGGGAAUCUGGCUGUGACGGGGAAGAUUUCCCUUCUAGAAAAUGCGGCUCUGAAGAACUUCAAUAACCAGCCACUUGACUUUCAGACUCAAGUAGACACAAGCUCAAGGUCUGUCCUCCUUAAAGAAGACAUUUACCAAGAGUUACAUCUGCGUGGAUAUAAUUAUGGACCAACUUUCCAGGGCGUUCUGGAAUGCAACUGUGAAGCAAGUGCAGGGAAGGUUCUGUGGAAUGGGAACUGGGUCACCUUCCUUGACACCCUGCUACACGUGAUAAUCUUAGCAGAGACCGGGCGCAGUCUACGCUUACCCACCAGGAUUCGCUCAGUGUGUAUUGACCCAGUGCUGCACCAAGAGCAAGUGUGCCAAUACCAGGACGAUGUAGAAGCUUUUGAUGUUGUUGUGGACCGCUGCCUUGACAGUCUUCAAGCAGGAGGCGUUCAGAUCAGUGGUCUUCAUGCCUCUGUGGCACCACGACGACAACAGGAACGGAUCCCCCCCACCCUGGAAAAAUUCUGCUUUGUGCCCUAUACUGAGAGUAACUGUUUGUCUUCCAGUGUCCCUCUUCAUGCCUAUCUGGAGCACUGCAAAGAUCUGAUCAAGAGUUUACAGGCUAAGGUGGCAGUGCAUGGGGUCAAGUUACUCAUCCCUGGAUUGGAAACUACAGUGGCUGCUGCAAAGUCCUCACCCAUACAGAAGGGCCUUCAGCAUAUCCUCGCUGAAAUCUGCCAUCUGGAACUGAACGGAAACCUCCAUUCUGAGCUGGAACAGAUUGUGACUCAAGAGAAAAAGCACUUCCAGGACGAUCCUCUUCUCAACGGGCUGCUAGAUUCUUCAGAGUUGAAGACUUGCCUGGAUGUGGCAUUGGAGAACAUGACCAGUCACAGGAUGAAGAUAGUAGAGGCUCUUGCAGGAAGUGGACAUCUGUUCUCUCGCGUCACAAGUAUUCUGAAUGCUCAGCCCCUGUUGCAGGUGGACUACGUUGCCACUGACCGCAUCCUGGAAACUCUUUCAGCUAAUGAAAUAGAGCUACAAGAUGCUGGAGUUUCCUUUAGCCAGUGGGAUCCAUCUAGCCUUCCCUCUGGAAAUCUGACCAAUGCUGACCUCGUGGUAUACAACUGUUCAACAAGUGUUCUAGGGAACACCACUGAAAUUCUCUCUAAUCUGGCAGCUGCAGUGAGAGAAGGAGGGUUUGUUUUGCUGCACACCCUUCUUAAAGGAGAAACUCUUGGAGAAAUUGUCAGUUUCCUUACAAGUCCAGAUCUGCAGCAGAAGCACAGUUUCCUGAGUGAGGCACAGUGGGAGGGCUUAUUCAGCAAAGCCUCACUGAAUGUGGUUGCCAUGAAGAAAUCUUUCUUUGGCUCAGUUAUUUUCCUGUGUCGCCGGCAAGCCUCUGCCAAAACGCCUGUUUUUCUGCCAGUAGAUGAGACCCAUUAUAAGUGGGUUGAAUCCUUAAAGGAAAUCUUGGCUGACCCAUUGGAGCAGCCUGUGUGGUUGACUGCCACCAGCUGUGGAAACUCGGGAAUUUUGGGAAUGGUAAACUGCCUCCGCCUUGAAGCAGAAGGCCACAGAAUCAGGUGUGUGUUUGUUUCCAACUUGAACCCUUCAUCAGAUGUCCCACCUGUGAGUCUUUCUUCCCUGGAGAUGCAGAAGAUUGUUCAGAGGGACCUGGUGAUGAACGUGUAUCGUGAUGGGAAGUGGGGCUCCUUCAGGCAUCUCCCGUUGCAGCAAGCACAACCUCAGGAGUUGACUGAAUAUGCCUAUGUAAAUGUGUUGACUCGUGGAGAUCUUUCAUCUCUUCGUUGGAUUGUCUCCCCGCUUCAACACUUCCACACGACUAAUCCCGAUGUUCAACUCUGCAAAGUCUAUUAUGCAUCUCUCAACUUCCGGGACAUUAUGCUGGCUACAGGGAAGCUUUCUCCAGAUGCUAUCCCUGGUAACUGGGUUCUGCAGCAGUGCAUGCUGGGCAUGGAGUUCUCCGGACGGGACCUGGCUGGACGAAGGGUGAUGGGACUGCUGCCAGCAAAGGGGCUGGCCACAGUGGUAGACUGUGACAAGAGGUUUCUGUGGGAGGUGCCUAAAAACUGGACUCUGGAAGAAGCAGCUUCAGUGCCUGUGGUUUAUGCCACUGCUUAUUAUGCUUUGGUGGUUCGAGGUGGUAUGAAGAAGGGUGAGAGUGUCCUCAUUCACUCUGGCUCAGGAGGUGUGGGCCAAGCAGCCAUUGCCAUUGCUCUGAGCAUGGGCUGCCGUGUCUUUGCUACUGUAGGCUCCACUGAGAAACGUGAGUAUCUCCAAGCGAGAUUCCCCCAGCUGGAUGCUAACAGCUUUGCCAGCUCCCGAAAUACUACAUUUGAGCAACAUAUACUGCGAGUUACCAAUGGAAAAGGUGUCAGCCUCGUGUUGAAUUCCUUGGCAGAAGAGAAGCUCCAAGCCAGUUUGCGUUGUCUUGCUCGACAUGGGCGCUUUUUGGAAAUAGGGAAAUUUGAUCUGUCUAACAACAGUCAGCUUGGAAUGGCUCUCUUCCUCAAGAAUGUGGCAUUUCACGGGAUCCUACUAGAUGCUAUCUUUGAGGAGGGAAACCAAGAGUGGGAAGUAGUAUCAGAGUUGUUGAAGAAAGGCAUAAAAGAGGGUGUGGUAAAGCCUCUGAGGAGUACAGUCUUCGAAAAAGAAGAGGUAGAAGCUGCCUUCAGGUUCAUGGCACAAGGAAAACACAUUGGCAAAGUUAUGAUCAAGGUCCAAGAAGAGGAAGAAGAAUCUGCUUUAAGAAGGUGUGAACCAGUUAAGAUCUCCGCUAUCUCCCGAACUUCCUGUCCGCCUGCCAAGUCUUACAUCAUCACAGGGGGCCUAGGAGGGUUUGGGCUUGAGUUGGCACAGUGGCUGGUUGAGAGAGGAGCACAGAAGCUUAUACUGACAUCUCGUUCUGGCCUACGAACUGGCUACCAGGCUAAACGUGUUAGAGAGUGGAAGGCACUGGGAAUCCAAGUGUUGGUAUCUACCAGUGAUAUUGGAACACUAGAAGGAACACAGCUAUUGAUAGAAGAAGCUUUGCAGCUUGGCCCAGUUGGAGGCAUCUUUAAUUUGGCUGUGGUCCUUAGAGAUGGCAUGAUUGAAAAUCAGACCCCGGAAUUCUUCUGGGAGGUCAACAAGCCCAAGUAUUCAGGCACCCUUCAUUUGGAUUU